AUGUGGGAUCUUAGAUGGAACAAGAAAGAUCAAAGCAAGAGCGAAGGCUAUCGAAUCUUGGCCGUGGAGCUGACGUCCAGCAACACGAAGCCCGUGGUGCAGGAAUUUCAGCGUGUGGAGCUGUCCUGCAUCAUUAAAUCCACCACAACACCCAAUCCCAGGAUCGAGUGGAAGAAAAUCAAAGGCGGUGAAACCUCCUAUGUGUUUUUUGACAGUAAAAUGCAGGGAGACUUUGUAACUCGUGCAGAAAUUCUCAGCCGGACAUCGCUGGUGAUCAAAAACACCACCCGCAUGGAUACUGCCACCUACCGUUGCGAAGUGGCAGCGCCCGACGAUGCAAACAUAGUAGAUGAGAUAAACAUCCAGCUUACAGUGCAAGUAAAGCCAGUCACUCCCAGGUGCAGAGUCCCUAAAGCUGUGCCAGUGGGCAAGACAGCGACCCUUCACUGCCACGAGAACGAAGGCUACCCAGAGUCCACCUACAGCUGGUACCGCAACAGUGAACCCUUACCGACCGACUCCAAAUCUAACCCCAAAUUCCAUAAUUCCUCCUUCAUCUUGAACCCUGGAACAGGCACUUUGGUCUUCGCAGCCGUGCACAAGGGUGACACUGGCCGUUACUACUGCAUAGCAACAAACGAUGCCGGCUCCGCCAAGUGUGAGGAGCAGGAGAUGGAAAUCUAUGAUCUUAAUAUUGGUGGGAUUGUCGGUGGAGUCCUAGUGGUCGUGGUGGUUCUGGUGCUGAUAACGCUUGGUAUCUGUUGUGCCUACAGAAGGGGUUACUUUGUGAACAGCAAACAGACUGGUAAAAGCUACAAGACUCCAGCAAAACCAGAUGGUGUUAAUUAUAUCCAGACAGACGACGAGGGUGACUUCAGGCACAAAUCGUCAUUUGUUAUCUGA